AUGCGGCUGCACAUUGGUGGCCGCUCCGGACUUGUCGCCGGCCUUGCGCUCUGUCAGCCGCAUGUUGCAGCAGCAUCGGACCCGACACAGAAAACCAUACUGGGCAGCUCCAACCCUCUUGACGAGAGCUUCGGUGUAUAUGUCAAGGAGCUCCUGGACAAGUGGCACGUUCCCGGCGUCGCUAUCGCUGUUGUCGAUGGCGAUGAUAUCUGGGCCGAGGGCUACGGCAUCGCCACCUUCCCCUCCACCCCAGUCACCCCCUCGACCCUCUUCUACACGGGCAGCACCACAAAGGCCUUUGUCGCGGGCGCCCUCUCCCUCAUGAUCGACUCGGGCAACUACACCCUGCCCGCGCUGCCGCCCACGGGCCCGCCCUCGCCCUACCGCCACGCCUCGCUCCAGCUGCCGAGCCCGGAGCACGACUACGCGCCCCGCAAGCUGGACUGGACGACGCCCAUCUCGGCCGUCCUGGGCGACGAUUUCGUGCUGCAGGACGCCUGGGCGACGGCGCACCUGACGCUGCAGGACGCGCUGUCGCACCGCACAGGCAUGCCGCGCCACGACGGCGCCAUCAGCCGGCGCUACGGCGACGGCGACGGCGCGCCGGCCGCCACGGUGCGCGACAUCACGCGCAGCCUGCGGCACCUGCCGCUGUCGGCCGAGCCCCGCGAGAAGUUCAUGUACUGCAACCUCAUGUACGCCGUGCUCUCGCACUGCGUCGAGACGCUGGCGGGCGGCCGCUGGCUGGGCGACCUGCUGCGCGAGUGGAUCUGGGCGCCGCUGGGGAUGCGGUCGACCUUCUUCAGCCUCGAGGACGCGCUGGCGGCGGAGCGGGAGGCGCCCGGUGCUGUCCACCUCGCGGGGGGCUACUACUGGGACAACGCGACGGCCGGGUUCGCGCGGGCGCCGUUCAUCGGGGUCCGCGAGGUCAGCGGCGCGGGCGGGAUCCUGUCCAACGUCGAGGACUAUGCGCGGUGGGUCAAGUGCCACCUCGACGGGGGCCGGCCCGUCUUCUCAGAGGAAGGGAUCGCGGCGGUGAGGAAGCCGCAGAUGCCGGUCGACUCGGACGGCCCGGUGCUGUUCGACACGCCGCAGUCGUACGCGAGCGGGUGGUUCACGUCGUCCUACCGCGGGCACCGGUUCUGGACGCACAGCGGCGGGAUGCACGCCUACGGGGCCGAGGUGUACAUGUUCCCCGACGACAAGUUUGGCGUCGUGGCGCUCGGCAACACGGCUAUGACUUCCAACGCGGCGGAGGAGGCGGCCAUAUGGAGACUCAUCGACGAGAAGUUGAAGAUUCCCGAAACAGAGAGGAUAGACUGGACCAAGAGAUGGGAGACAUUGAUCGGCAAAAAAGACAUCGUGAUCGAUGGGGCGCUCGACGAGAUGUUCCCAGACCGCAAAGAACCGGGCCUGCCACACGACCUACCGUUGGAAAGCUAUGCCGGGACGUACUUCCACCCGGGCUACAUGAACCUGACCAUCCAGGUGGUCGAGUCGGAGGCCAAUGACAAGCCUGGCAAGACUCUCUAUGCCGAGAGGCCCGAUGCCACCUGGAUGAUGACAUACGAUUUCCAGCACGUCUCGUCUGAAUACUGGAUGGUGUAUCUCGGUCUGAUAUACGAGCGCAGUGGCAACAUGCGCCUGUACGCCCCUGCUCAAUUCAAGAUAGGCCCGUCAGGCAAGGUCACGGGGCUCGAGAUAGGGUAUCGAUCGGACGGAGCGUUGGAAGGCAACAUCUUGUUCACCAAGAUCGACUGA